AUGUCCGAAAUAUCUAACACAGCCGCCAAGCCUAAGAAGCAGCUCAUUAUCAAUGCUUUUGUAGAAUCUUGUAGUGGUCAUCAAUCCCCAGGACUCUGGCGUCAUCCUGAUGAUCGCUCAUGGGACUUCAAUAACAUCACUCACUGGGUUAAACUUGCUCAGCUCCUCGAAAAGGGAAAGUUUCAUGGUAUCUUCAUCGCUGAUGUCCUUGGAUCUUACGAUGUCUACAAAGGACCUCGCAACCCAGACCCAGCCAUUGUUUCAGGCGCUCAGUGGCCUGUCAAUGAGCCUCUAGCUACUGUGCCCGCUAUGGCAGCGGCAACCAAGAACAUUGGCUUUGGUGUCACUGUGGCUACCACAUAUGAGCAGCCAUAUCACCUUGCUAGAAGACUCAGCACUGUCGAUCAUCUUACUGGUGGGCGACUUGGUUGGAAUAUUGUGACAGGGUAUCUUGACUCUGCAGCUCGAAACCUCGGACAUACUGAGCAGCCCAGCCAUGAUGAGAGAUACGCAAUUGCCGAGGAAUACGUCGAUGUCACUUACAAGCUUUGGCAAUCAUCAUGGAGAGACGACGCAGUCAAACUAAACCGUGAAAAGGGCAUCUACACAGAUCCAUCUCUAGUAAGACUUAUCAAUCACGAGGGAAAGUACUACAACGUCCCCGGGCCACACAUCUGCCAGCCAUCUCCCCAACGUACUCCUGUCAUUCUUCAAGCCGGGACUUCCAAAGCCGGAAAGAAUUUUGCAGCCAAGCACGCAGAAGCCAUCUUUGUAGCCGGCCAUAGCCCCGUAACGGUCGCAAAGAACGUCGCCGAGAUUCGCGCCCUAGCUCAAGAGCAGUUCGGCCGCGAUCCCAAAACUAUCAAAUUCCUAGCCAUGUUCUGCCCCAUUAUUGGAAAGACGCAGGAAGAGGCUGAUGCUAAGUACAAAGAGUACGUAGGCUAUGGGUCUGAGGAUGGAGCGCUUGCUCUCUUUGGAGGCUGGACGGGCAUUGAUCUUGCUCAAUACGGCGAUGAUGAAGAACUCCGAUAUGUCGAGAGCAACGCCAUCCGCUCCGCAGUUGAAUCUUGGUCCAAGUCCAUCCCCGGCGUACCAAAGUGGACGAAGCACACUGUUGCAAACCACAUCAAAGUCGGCGGUCUAGGGGCCACUGUAGCUGGAACACCAGAGCGUGUUGCAGAUGAGAUGGAGAGAUGGAUUGACGAGGCUGAUGUUGAUGGGUUUAACUUGGCCUAUGCACUUAUGCCAUCGAGCUUCGAGGAGGUGAUAUCGGAUUUGUUGCCUGUUUUGAGGGAGAGGGGCUUGUUCUGGGACGAUUAUGCGGUGGACGGGGGGACGUAUCGGGAGAAUAUCUAUGGGAAGAAGGGUGUUGCUAGACCACCGGCUGAUCAUCCCGCUGCCCAGUACCAUUGGACAAAAGAUUAG